AUGAGUGUUGAUCAGGAGCAGUGGAAGCCCGUCAUCGAGCAGCUCUUCGAUCUCCGGAAUACGAAGGACAGGACACGCCGGGUUCGGGAAGCUUGGGCCAUUGACUGGCAGAACCGUGGAGAGUCGGCGGUGCUGAAUCGAGAGGCACUGAACAAUCGUCCAGAUGGUGUCUGCAUAUACGAAUGGACUCCAGUGGUAGCGGACUUCGUGAGGUCGCCACGUAUGCAAGGCCAUUGCAUCGUACCGAUAGGACAGUCGGCGGGCAGCGCAGCCAUCAUGCUCACCACGAAAGAAAUCCCACCUUGCGAACUCGCCUACCCAGCCAUGUUCCUCAUCGAACCCACGACGAUCACCCACGAGCUCUUCAGCGGGCAUCUCGAAGACCGCAUAGCGUCGAUGAACUUUGCUGUCGCCGCCAUCGCUGCCCGGCGGAACACAUGGAAGUCGCGGGAGGCAGCGUUCGAGUACUCCACGAAGCGAUUUCCGUGGGGGAUGUGGGAUGAGAGGGUGGUGAGAGCUCGGGUGGAACACGGCCGCGAAUCCGUUCCGAACGGUGAUGUAAUUCUGAAGUGCGAUCGCAAGCAAGAAGCUGUCUCCUAUCCAGACACCGAGGCACAUUUCGAGAGUGCGGUGCAGCUCGGACGGAUAUGCCACGCCGUCCGGGUCCAUAUCGUCUGGGGAACGAGAAACGACCUCGUGUCACCGACUUCUUUUCGGCCUCAAAUCCCGAACGUCAAUCCUUCAAGACACUCUAUUCCAACCUCCAUCCCGGGAAGCAUCCGUUACCUCAAGGACCGGAAUGAUAACGAGCAGCAAGAACUGUGGCACAGUUUGUGUCGGUCGGCACUGUGGAAACCGUCCGUCGCCUUCGGAUCCUUCUUCUCCUCCGACUACCACCAUCUUCUAAUGGGUGGCACGACCUACGACGACGGCAUCCUCCUCCUCGCCGGACAACACCCGACCACGACCUAUUUAUUCCUAUUACUGCACUUAUAUGGAGUCCUUGCUUCCUGCAUGCGAUCGGACGACUGGGUCAUCCGUGACAGGUAUAAAGCGGCAGGAGUGAGCGCGGUCGACCCUUCUGUGGAGCCCGACUGUAACACUGUCGAGUUCCUCAAUGUCGCGAAGGAUGAUGCCCUCGCGUGGCCGAAGGAAGCCCGUCGAGCCUACCCGCGUACGGCGAACACCCAUAUGGAGUCAAUCAUCGGACCUUUCGUAUGCAACUCCCUGGAGAUCAACAAUCUUCUGCUUGAGAUAUUCAACGAGAAGCUCAACUUGUGGCUUGGUACGUUGAUGGAGCGGCGCAAGAUGGAGGAACUCAGUGGGAGCGAGACGAGGGUUAUCAGAAACCCGUCGACGACGAACACCAAUCAGGCGAUUGGGAGUCAUACAGAUUUCGGGUCACUCUCCUUUCUUCACAAUCGUUUGGGCGGUCUUCAAGUCCUUGUCCCAGGAUCCGAUAGUUGGCAGUACGUGAAGCUCGAAGCCUAUCCCGGGCCACGCCAUUUGCAGCGUCGGGGACGCGCUGGCCAUCUUCAGGGGCGGAAUUCUUCGCUCGAACCUCCACCCCCACCUUCGGGAUCUCAAGCCGGCCUCGAACGCUGGUCCCUCGUCUACUUCAAAUCAUAA